AUGAAAACUGGAUUCAACUUAUUGCCGGAAGAUGCUCCGUUACUAAGGAUUCCCGCACCUAGAUUUUUAUGGUCAUCUCCCAUGCCGGUUAACACAUCGUGGCAUGACUAUCCAACCGAAAUAUGGGACCAAAUACCGGACAGAGAUAUUAUUAUCAAGCUGACCGUGCUGAUCCCGAUAGUGUUGUUCGGCAUUCUGGGAAAUAUUACGCUACUGGAAAUCAUUCUCUCGAAUCGUGCACUGCGAACUUCAACCCAUCUGCUGAUCGCUAACCUGGCGCUCAUCGAUUUGGUUACACUUGUUCUCUGUCCGCCAAUGUUUAUUUUACACGACAUCCACCAGAGGUAUGUGCUGGGACCGAUUGGUUGCAAGCUGGAAGGGUUUGUCGAAGGAGGUCUACUGAUCACAUCCAUACUAGCACUCUGUGUAGUAAGCUACGACAGGCUAGCGGCCAUAGUCCUUCCGGCAAAAGCAAGAAUGACGAGAAACUGCGUCAUCCUUGCCAUUGUGCUUUGCUGGAGUUUGGGAUUCGCUGCCGCUCUUCCGCUAGCCAUCUACCGCAACUAUCGGGAGCGCAAUUGGAGUAAUUUCCGUGAAACUUACUGUUCCGAAAACCAUGAAGUUAUGCCCAUCUACUGGGACUACAUUGUGAUUCUGCUGGUAUGGAUGCCGUUGGCGGUAAUGUUGGUGACCUACGCUGCCAUUCUGUUCAAGCUGGAUCGGUACGAAAAGAAGGCACUGAACCGAGAACAUCCGAUGGUCGUGAGGUUCAAAAGUCGAGUUGUUAAGACACUAUUCGUCGUGCUGAUGACUUUCAUCGUCGUGCGCAUACCGUUCACGAUAAUGAUUAUGAUUUACUACAAAAAUGUUGAUGAUUCUAACUCAUUUCAGGUAAAUGAUAACUUUGUUCUACUGUGGUGGUUGGCAAAAAUGGCUUUUAUAUUUUUGUACUCUGCAAUGAAUCCCGUGAUAUAUGGGCUAACCAAUAGAACUUUUCGUAAAGCUUAUAAGAGUUCAAAAAUUCUUGGCACUCUGUUGAGGUUUAGUGAGGACGUUGAUAAAUCGCCAGAUAACAAACCAUUGGCGUUUUCCCGCUCGUCUUCAACUGAACAUCCUAUUAACACGAUUCUCAUUUUUAGAUACAUCGUUGCCAACUGGUUAAAUUCUACCAUUCGAUAUAAGGACAAAUGUCGCACGGUUGGAAAUCAGCGCGAACAAAACAAUCUUGCUGACGCGAACAACACAAAAUCCUCCGAAAUGAUACAAAACAAUUAG